AUGUCAUGGACCCCAUGGACGACGUCUGUUCCUACCAUUCUCGUCGUCUGUGCCGUUCUCGCAUGGUGGUUUACCGAGCCUAAAACGGCGCAUCUCAACCUAAUCGUGACCAUAGGCUGCAUCCUCUUCUUCUGGGCGGUUGCUCCCGAUCUCGCUCAAGACUCUCCAGCCUGGGUGUACCAAGCGUCUAUUAGCCUUGCGACUUUCCUGCACCUGGAUAUUCUGGUGUUGUACCAUGCCAAUAUGCUCGUAACGGGAGCUGCUGUGCUUUGGCUGGCUCAUCGAGCCUGGCAGACAUUAUGGAAGCCAGUCCCCGAACUUAUCAGCAUUCUCGGUGUCGACGUCCCCGAUCCUCCUGACGUUUCCCUUGCCGGAAUCCGUGCCGAUGCCGCCACUCUUCACUGGACCCGUCCCCGACCCAAUCGACCUGUCGGGAAAUUUCUGAUACAGGUGAACGGCGUGAAUGUGGGAGAGUCGGCACACCAGGAGACGGCCAUCACGGUGACGGGGUUGAAGCCCAACCAUUUUUACAACGUACGUGUCAUUGCUGUGGGACACAAUAACUUCCAGGCGGGAAGUCGCGUCAUCCGACUGCGCACGUUCGCAAGAGAUGGACGACCUCAAUUAGGGGACGGGCGCCUCCCUUCCAACUUCGCUCCCGAAGAGCAGCAGCUGGCAAUGCCUGGAGAUCCUCACGAUGAAGACGGGACGCCGAGAAGCCCGGCCGCUGGUGUGGAGACAGCUUCGUUCCCCGAGAGCAACCUUGCGCCGCCGACACGAGAAGCCAGUUCGUCCAUCUCCAUACCUAGGCGCAACACGUUGACUCGGAAACAUUCCCCUUCCACGACGAGCAUGGAUCAAUCGGUCAAGGAUGCUCUACGCAGAUUGCCAGAAGAGGAGUCCCUGCAGAAAUUGGGUGAAAAGUUCGAGAGCAUUCGGAAGGAAAUGGAGGAAAUACAAGCGCAGAUAGCAAAUGAUGAGAAAGAGCACAAGGAGAUGAUGGAUGAGUUGGCGGAUGAGAAAAGGUCUAAGAGGCGCGUGCAGAAGGAGAAGGACGACACGACGGAGAAAUUGAAGCGGGAAAUGGGCUCUACCGACAGAGCCAUGCGAAGCGCUCAACAACGCAAGACCCAGAAGGAGAAGCUGCUGAAAGAAAGGCAAAACGACCGCAAGAAGCUUCAUGACGAAAUGCGCAAGAGACAGGCUGGUUUCGAGAAGGACAAGGCCAAUAUUCAGCAGGAAGGGGAUGACCGAGCAAGCGAACUGCGCGAGGACCUGGAGGCUCUGCAGGCAAGUCUUGCGCAGGAAGAGGCGGAAUUGAAAGAAAAGGGCAAGGAACUGAAGGAGGCCGAGGACCAGCGUAAAACACUUCCGGGAGGGGAGGAGAGUGAGGAAUGGCGCGAUACUGAUCGUCAGAUCAGACGGGACUGGGAAAACAAGUCUCGAGAUCUUCAGAGGCGGCUAUUCUAUGCGAACCGCCGAGCCAAGGCGCUGGACGACUAUGAGAAUGUUUUGCGCAGUCAGCUCAGCGCUGCUCAACAGUCAGGACUUCCUUUCUCGUACAACCAGGCCAAUUCGUCUGGCGUCGAAUUCGACGUGGCAACUCAGAAUCAACUCAAGCGACGGAGCCGCAACAGCAACUCUAUGUCAAAUGUGGUUAUACCAUCGCCCGCCGCAUCCUACGCCGGUCCCGAGAGGGCCUAUACAUCUUCAAGCAGUUUUACCCUGUCCCGCCCACCGACAAUGCCGCCAGGUUUUGCCCAAGGCCCUUUCAUGGACCUCACUGCGGACAUGUCGGCUCCAUUCGAUGAGGAUGGCAUCAAAGCCCUGACUGCGGGUGCGCCUCUCAGUCCCACAGCCGCAUCACUCUUGCCUGCCGGCAUGCUUGAUAUGGUGGACGAUGAGCCCCCCAGUCCGGCAUCCCGUCCGACUAGACAUAAUACGUUUGGCUCCAAUAUGUCUCCCGAAAAUGAUCCACAGUCUCCUGCAUCUUCAGGACGAUCGAUCAGUAUCAUAUCCAGUCCACGCGGCUCUUCCCAGAAUCUACCCUUCUCACAUUACACUGGCGAGAACAGUGAACGCCGGUCAUUGAGGGGAGACUUUGGCACCGCCUCAUCGCCAAUUGCCCCGCCGACUUCUGCAAGCACCCGAUUCUUCCCUUGGCUUCACCGCAUGCACAAACCCACCGCUACCGAUGCGGACGAGCCACCUGCCUUGGGGGCACUGAAACCAGCCCACAGUCAAUCUUUUCCUCGCUCCGUUGAGGACUCGGAUAUUUCUACGAAGCGAAAGUUGAGUUUCUCAGCCGGUUGGGGUGUGUUUAAUCGAAACUGCACGGGGCCUGGCAUGCCGGACGCUGGCCACUCGAGCUCCGUGAGCAUAGCUUCACGUCGGCUUGGGCUCUUCACCAACGGAAACAGCGGCAGCAACGUAUUUGAUCAAGACCCUAGCAGCCCGAGGCCUGUUUCGAUUGCUUCAUCUGAUCUACCACGACCAUCUACUGAUAGCAGUUCAAUUUGGGCAAAGCAGCCGCCGCAGAGCCGGCUUUGGUCGCCAGAGGCUGGUGAUCCGUGGGCAUCUCGGAGUGCGUCUAGGAGACCUUCCAUCCAUGGGUCCCCCUCUGCGCUGAAGACAACACUAGCUGAUGCGGAUGAUGAAAUACUGCACGACUCAGAGAUUCAUCAACCGCCAUCACGAGUAGGCAUUAUUGGUCACAGGCCACCAUCCAAGUCCCUUGCCGGACGUUUGAACCCCAAUGCGCCAAGCUUCAAUGCCCCCGGCAGUUUCAUGACGCUGUUCCGCCCUAAGGAGAAGGAUGGCAAGGAAAGCAAGGAUAAGGACAAAGCGAAGGGUAAGGCGAAGAAUAAAGACAAGGAUUACGAACCCGUAAGGGAAAGAAAGCCGCGUCCAUCUAUAACGUCUGCGUCGGAAACCGACGAGUCGCCCAGCGAGUCGCGCAAGUCGCGCGAUACCUUCUCGGUGCAUACCCCUUCGGUCACCGAGUCUCGCGAGUCUCUGUCCUUGGAUCAAGCACUCUCCAACGCUCACUCGGAUCUCGCAGUAGGGCUGGGCUUCAAGGAGCACGAAAGCGGGAUCAAAAAACUACUACGCAAAGGGAGUACAUCCAAGUUCAGCUUGCAUUCUAUCUCUUCUAUACGCGGCGUCGGCGGCAAGAAAGGUCCCAGCAGCGUGACCAAUUCGGACAAGAAUAUGUCUAUGGAACGCGCAAGCUUUGACGAGAACGCAGAAGAAGGUAGUACCGGAAUAGCCCGCAGCUAUGAGAGUCCGAGCAGCAGUCCAUCGCUGGGACCUAUGAGCGCUGGUAAAGCUCAUGCGAAGGAGAAGAGUUGGCGGUUCUCGAUGAAGAAGAAGCCAGGCAAGGAAAAGGAGAGCUUGGAUCUGGACCAUGAGGAGAACAAAACUUCGGCUGGAGAAUCGUAG